GAUCUUGAUUUUUGGCCUGCAAGUUGAUUCCUGCAGAUUCAGAAUCUUGUAGAAAGAAGGGGGCUUGACCCCAGCUCUUCUUCAAGCUAAGGAGGACUGUCGUCGGCUCCCCCUUGGCCAGCCCUGCUGUGGAUGGGGAAGCUGAUGUGUUCAGCUGGGCCCCACAGCAUGACUCUGGGGUUUCACAGCCAUAGUCUGGUUUGUUUGACUUGUACUUUUAUUCUUUUUUUAAAAACUACUAUUUUUAAAGAAUUUUGGCUGUGUUGGGUCUUCACUGCUGCGCACACAGGCUUUUCUCCAGUUUUGGAGAUUGGGGGCUGCUUUUUAGUUGUGGUGUACAGGCUUCUCAUUGCAAUGUCUUCUCUUGCCGCAGAGCACAGGCUCUAGGGUGAGCAGGUUUCAGCAGGUAUGGCUCGAGGACUCAGUAGUCAAGGUUCCUGGGCUCUGGAGCGCAGGCUCAAUAAUUGUGGCACAUGGGUUUAGUUGCUAAGCGGUAUGUAAGAUCUCCCUGGAUAAGGGUUCAAACCCAUGUCCCCUGCAUUGGCAGGUGGAUUCUUUACCACUGAGCUACUAGGGAAGCCCUUCUGUUUUUAUUCUUUGCGGAAGUGUUCCAUGUCCAUUAGAAAAACACUAGAAAGUACACAAAAGAAAAGUUGUUUUUUUUUUAAGUUUAAUAAUUUUUAAUAUCGAAAGAGACAGGGCAACCGACUGAAUUUGCAAUUCUUGGUUGGAUUCUAGACAGGGUGUAGGGGUUUGGGGUGAGGGAAGCCUUAAAGGCCUUACUGGGACACUUAGGGAGAUUAGAAUAUGGAGGAAUUUGAAUAUUUUAGAUAAUAGUAUUAUAUCUGUUCAAUUUCCUGUGUGUGUUCAUCAAAUUGUUACAUAGGAGGAUGUCCUUGUUCUUAGGAGAUGCAUCUGAGUAGUUUUAAGGAAUCAAGUGUCAUGAUGUUUGUAGCUAACUUUCAAGGGGCUUGACAAAACACAGGUAUGUAUGUGUGUAUAUGUACACACACACAUGCACUGCAGAUGCAGCAAGAUGGUAACAACUGGUAAAUUAAAUGAGGUAGAAAGAUAAUUCAUUGUAUUCUGUUUGCAACCUUUCUGUAGGUUUGAAAUUCUACAGAAUAAAAAUUGGAAAGUCAAACAAGCACUCUUACUCCCUCCACCGAGAGAAAACACUACCAAAAUUUUGAUGUCUGGAUUUCCUGACCUUCGAAUGCAAAUAGAGAUAGAAAUAGCUUUUUAUAUAAAUAUGUGUAAAGUAUACACAUGUAUAUAAAUGGAUCUUAUAUGCACUGUUCUGGAACUUGCUUUUCUUACUUUGUUUGUGCACUCAGUCAUAUCCGACUCUUUGUCAUCCCAAUGGACUGUAGCCCACCAGGCACCUCUGUCCAUGGAAUUUUUCCAGGCAAGAAUACUGGAGCCGGUUGCUGUUUUCUACUCCAGGGGGUCUUCCUGGCCCGGUGAUUGAACCUGAGUCUCUUCUGUCUCUUGCGUUAGCAGGCGGAUUCUUUACUACUGCACCACCUGGGAAGCCCUUUCUUUCUUGGCCUUUUGUUUAACAUCAUUUUCUAUCUAUGCCUACAACCCUACAUCAUUAUUUACUGAAGUGUUCCUCAGAACAGUGGCUUCUUGGGAUUUUCCAAUAGAAAAAGGAUCAUUGGUCCAAGCAGCCUGAGGUGGAAGCAUUGUACUUCUUCCCUUGCUCUGUCCCUGGGUUUUUCCUGCAGUAAAUACUGCAGAAAUACUUUUGAUUUUGUCAACUCAGAUUUUUCCCCCAACAUAUUUGACCAUGGAACCCAAGGAACAGCAAUUAAGAGAAGCACCCUUUAUUGAAUACUGAUCAGCACCAUCACUGUAACAGCCACAAAGGAUUCUGUUCCAUUCCAAGUGGAUGGACCAUCCUCUGUUUAGCCAGACUUCCAGUGGGAGGACAUGUAGUCAUUGCCAGUUUUUGCUAUUAUAAAAAUGACGAGUAACAUCUGUGUAUGAUUAUCUUUGCCUACCUGGUUGAAUUUUUUGUAGAAUCAAUUGCUAGAAGUCAGUGGCUGUGUUUCAAGGAUCCAUAGCCACCCACACAUUUCGUGACUCUCUAGAUAAAGACUCCCAGGGCUCAGGAUGCUUGUGCUGUUGGCUGGUUUAAAAUAGAAGGAUGCACAGCAGGACCAGCAAGGAAGAAAGACCCAGCAACUGGAGUCUGCAGGAGAUCAGCGUUCUUCCAAGUCUCCAGCGUUCUUUGCCUCGGGAAAGUGGGGAGAGGCUGCUCAGGGCACUCCAGCAGUCAAGAGUGCCCAGAGUUUCUGCCAGGAAAGAACACCUUUGACUCUAAGGCCAGGGCUUCUGUUACAUGUAGGCUUCCAGACACACAACACAAUUCCAGAUACCCCGGUCGGAAGGAGUUGUUCACCAUAAAUCACAGUGCAAACUGUCUAGGUAGUUGGUACACUAGGGCCAGUGCCCCAGGUAGGCAAAAUAGCCUCAUCAACAUAGGGAACCUGCAGGGCUUACCUGACUGUCCAGUGAUUAAGACUCCGAGCUUUCAAGAACAGGGGGCAUGGGUUUAAUCCCUGGGCCACAUGACGCACAGUGCAGCCAAAACAAACAAACAAAAAACCAGGGAAUCUUCUACACGGCAGGUUCUCAGAUGCCAGUUCAGAGCCAGUCCUACAAGCAAGCCCUUCUAAAGACAGCAACAUUAGGCCCGCUCUAUGAGGUCAUUUCUGCACAGGCUGGGCCAUUUUUGCUGACUUUUGUAGAGAAAAAGGACACCAAUACCAGUCUGAUGGCUCCUUGGAAUUCUCCCAUGAUCUGGUUUCCAUGCCUGCUCUCUGCCUUGUCCUCUCUUCUUCCCACAUGGCUGGCUAAGAGUAACCUGAAUAUGCAUCCUGCACCAAACUACCUGGCCCAGCCUCCACCUCCUCCCCCACCCCCUCCACCACUGCCCCCACCCCCACCCCCCCAACCCCCACCACCCCCACCCCAGAGUCUGGGCCCCCCCGGGCGUCCCAACCCUGGCGGGAAUGGCGUGGUGGAGGUGUACAGCGCCACAGCACCCCUCACUGGGAGUGGAACAGUAGAGAUCCAAGCACUGGGAAUGCAGCCCUACCCACCCCUGGAGGUGCCAAACCAGUGUGUGGAGGCUCCUGUGUACCCCACACCCCAGGUGUAUAGCCCUGGCAAACAAGGAUUCAAACCAAAAGGACCAAACCCUGCUGCCCCUAUGACCAGCGCCACCGGGGGCACAGUGGCCACCUUUGACUCCCCCCCAUCACUGAAGACCCGACGGACCAAAGGUUCCAGUGGACUCCCAGAAGCUGCAGGGAAGCCAAAGGCUCAGAAACUCAAGUGCUCAUAUUGUGACAAGUCAUUCACCAAAAACUUUGACCUGCAGCAGCAUAUCCGAAGCCACACUGGUGAGAAGCCCUUCCAGUGCAUUGCAUGUGGCCGCGCCUUUGCCCAGAAGUCUAACGUCAAGAAACACAUGCAGACCCACAAGGUGUGGCCUCCAGGACGCAGCGGUGGCACCGUCUCUCGCAACUCUGUGACGGUACAGGUCAUGGCUCUGAACCCCAGCAGGCAGGAGGACGAGGAUAACACAGGGUUGGGCCAGACCCUGUCGAGCGCCCCGCAGCCCCAGGCCUUGCCCACAGCCGGCGAGGGGGAGGCGGACAAGCUGGAGGCCAAGCAGGUGGUCCUCAUCGAUAGCUCCUACCUGUGCCAGUUCUGCCCCAGCAAGUUCAGUACCUACUUCCAGCUCAAGUCCCACAUGACCCAGCACAAGAACGAGCAGGUAUACAAAUGUGUGGUCAAGAGCUGUGCGCAGACCUUCCCGAAGCUGGACGCGUUCCUGGAGCACAUCAAGAGCCACCAGGAGGAGCUGAGCUACCGCUGCCACCUCUGCGGCAAGGACUUCCCCUCGCUAUACGACCUAGGCGUGCAUCAGUACUCACACAGCCUCCUGCCACAGCACAGCCCCAAGAAGGACAGCGCCGUCUACAAGUGUGUCAAAUGUGUCAACAAGUACUCCACACCUGAGGCGCUGGAGCAUCACCUGCAGACCGCCACUCACAACUUCCCCUGCCCGCACUGCCAAAAGGUAUUUCCUUGUGAACGGUACCUGCGGCGUCAUCUGCCCACCCACGGCAGCGGAGGCAGGUUCAAGUGCCAGGUGUGCAAGAAGUUCUUCCGGCGGGAGCACUACCUCAAACUGCAUGCUCACAUCCACUCAGGUGAGAAGCCCUACAAAUGCUCAGUGUGCGAGUCCGCAUUCAACCGCAAGGACAAACUGAAGAGACACAUGUUGAUCCAUGAGCCAUUCAAGAAAUACAAAUGCCCCUUCUCGACACACACGGGCUGCAGUAAGGAGUUCAAUCGGCCAGACAAGCUGAAGGCUCAUAUCCUCUCUCACUCCGGCAUGAAGCUCCACAAGUGCGCCCUAUGCAGCAAGUCCUUCAGCCGCCGCGCCCACCUCGCCGAGCACCAGCGUUCCCACACGGGCAACUACAAGUUCCGCUGUGCUGGCUGCGCCAAGGGCUUUUCCCGCCACAAAUACCUCAAGGACCACCGCUGCCGCCUCGGCCCCCAAAAGGACAAGGACCUGCAAGCCCGGCGGCCCCCCCGGAGAAGGGCGGCCCCCCGCAGCAGUAGCGGCGGUGGGCACAAGGUGGUGACCCCCCUGCCCGACCCGCUCGGGCUGGAGGAGCUGAAGGACACAGGGGCCGGGCCUGUGCCCGAGGCCGCCCCAGGCAAGCCGCCCUUCUCGGAGCCAGAUGCCGUGCUGUCCAUCGUAGUGGGGGGCACGGUAGGGGGCGAACCUGAGCUGGUAGUACCUGGGCACGCCGAGGGCCUGGGCUCCAACCUGGCGCUGGCGGAGCUGCAGGCGGGGGCCGAGGGCUCCUGUGCCAUGCUCGCCGUGCCCGUCUACAUCCAGACCUCGGAGUGAUGGGCCCAUGGUGUUUGCUCCUGCCUGAUGCUCAUCUUUAGGUCCAGAGCCCCUGGGAGCAGACCAGAGAGCCUUCCCAGGGGAAGUGAGCCAUUGGUCAAAAUCCUUUUGGAACGUCAUCUGUAAACCCUGGCCCAAGGCCGCCUCGCUGUGUCCCCUGUCCUGCUGGGAAGCCCUGCACCAUUCUGGGAUCCGAGGCAGCUGAGCCUGAGCAGGCCCAGGGUCUGGCUGGUCCAGGCUGGUGGUCAGGCUGCCUAAGGGGGAAGACAGGGCCGUCCCAUCCACCCCUCCUCUAGGCUGCCAAGGGGCAGCCUCUAAGCAAGCUGCUGAGGCCUGAGAUGGUUGGAGUCCUUAUCUGUUUGUUGAACCUUUUCACAUGCAGUUCCUCCCAGCAUCCCCAGAUGACUCUGUAAUGUAGGCAUGUAGGAGGCACUCAAGUGUCGUGGUUAGAGUGCAGCUAUCAGCCAGAUCUGGCUUCACAUCCAAGCACUGACACUUACUUGCUGUGUGACCUUGGGUAAGUCACUUCACCUCUCUGAGCCCCGCAUUCCGUAUCUGUACAAUGGGGCUUAUGACAGUACUACCUCAUAGGGCUGUCAUCAGGAUCCAGUAUGAUGAAGUGUGCAAAGAAUUUGGCAUAGUGCCCAGCACUGAACAAGUGCUGAAUAAAUGUUUUUUUAAUCAAAAA